AUGCCAGAACCUACAAAGGUGGCCGAAUACGAAAAGCUGAAGAAAAAGCUGCACCAGCGGAUACAGGAUAAAAGAAACCUGGACAAGCAGUUGACGCAACUGGAAGAGGAGAUCUUCAACAAGGAAACGCUAUAUUUGUCGGAAGCAACCUACGGCAAUAUCAUCAAGGGCUUUGACAACUUCACAAAGAGUGCUUCUGCUCAACAAGCGAAGAAGAAAAUGGUUUUUGGCGACGAGGACAGGAUCUUCUCACUGAGUUCCUCUACAUACGUGAGACAUCUCAAGAAGGUGAACAACGGAGGAUCUAUAGACUUUGAGGACUUGGAUGAUGAGAGUCCGAAUGGAAGUCCGGCAAAUAGAAAGAGGAAGGCACAAGACUGA